GGAUCGGAUGGAUGACCGCAGGAGGCCAGAAUAUGUAUGAUGAGAUUUACGAGGAAGCCCAUUUCAUCCAUCCCAUGACUGACUACUGACGACCAUCCUCUUCACUUGUGAGUCCUGAGGCACUCACUCCUCCAUCUCCGGCUGCGCCGUCUGUUUCCGCGGGGACUGUCUUCACACCCACCCACCCACCCAUCCUCACUCUUCCUCCAAACCCUAAACUCCUCUUUUGAUUUUCCUUUUCUCUCCAACACCAUCCCCACCUCUAUCUUCCAUUGUUGGCAUACUCGUUUUAAUCGUUUUCUCUGUCCUUGCGGGCAUCUCUUUCUUUUUCUAUUUGAUUACGGAAAUGGCGCUCUCUGUCUCAGACUUGCCCACUGUCUACACCUUGCUCACCAGUUCCCUGAGUGGCGAUCUGAAUGUGCGAAAGCCUGCCGAGGAUGCCCUUGCUCAAUUGGAAUCCAGACCUGGUUUUUGUUCUUGCCUUAUGGAAGUCAUAACAACCAACGAUUUAGUGUCGCAGACUGAUGUCAGAUUAAUGGCCUCCGUAUAUUUUAAGAACUGCAUCAAUCGUUACUGGAGGAACAGGCGCGAUUCUACGGGAAUAAACCUUCAAGAAAAACAGCAUUUAAGACAAAAAUUGUUGUCACACCUACGGGAAGAAAAUUAUCAGAUUGCUCUUACAUUGGCUGUUCUGAUCUCAAAAAUUGCUCGCAUCGAUUACCCAAGGGAAUGGCCAGACUUGUUUUCUGUAUUAGCACAGCAACUUCAGUCAGCCGAUACGUUAUCUUCACAGAGAAUAUGCAUGAUUCUUUUUCGCACUUUGAAGGAACUAUCAACUAAAAGACUUACUUCUGAUCAACGGACAUUUGCCGAGAUUGCAUCUCAAUUCUUUGAAUACUGCUGGCACCUCUGGCAGAAUGACAUUCAGAAUAUAUUACAUGGUUUUGCAAUCCUUGCUCAAGAUGCUUCUGACUUGAAUCAUGAUGAUAUCUACUUAACCUGUGAAAGAUGUUUUCUGUGCUCGAAGAUCAUACGUCAACUAAUAGUUUCUGGUUUCCCAAGUGAUGCAAUUUCUAUACAGGAAGUGCAACCUAUCAAGAAGGUUGGUCCUGCCAUGUUGGAUGCCAUCCAAUCUUUUCUUCCAUAUUUUUUUUCUUUUCAAGAGAAACAGCCGAAAUUUUGGUCUUUCCUGAAGAAAGCAUGUACCAAAUUUAUGAAGAUUUUAAUUGCAAUUCAGCGUAGGCAUCCUUACUCAUUUGGUGACAAAAGUGUUCUUUGUCCCAUUGUUGAUUUCUGCUUAAAUAAGAUCACAAAUCCUGAGGCAGAUAUGUCUUCAUAUGAGGCAUUUUUGAUUCAAUGUAUGUCAAUGGUGAAAUCUGUUCUGGAAUGUAAAGAAUACAAACCAAUCAUGACUGGUCGUGUUAUGGAUGAUAACCGCAUUACCAUUCAAGAGAUGAAGAAGAGUGUAUCUAGCGCUGUUGCUGGUGUGUUGGCUUCCUUGCUUCCUAAUGAGCGUGUGGUGCUUCUGUGUAAUGUACUGAUUAGGAGGUACUUUGUUUUAACGGCUAGUGAUAUAGAAGAAUGGUACCAGCAUCCUGAGUCUUUUCAUCAUGAGCAGGAUUCAGUUUUGUGGUCAGAGAGAUUAAGGCCUUGUGCUGAAGCUCUAUACAUUGUUCUAUUUGAGAAUCAAAGCCAACUGCUAGGACCUGUUGUGGUUUCCAUUCUUCAAGAAGCAAUGAAUGGUUGCCCUCCUUCUGUUAGUGAAAUAAGUCCUUCCUUCCUUCUAAAGGAGGCUGCUUAUGGUGCUGCUGCCUAUGUUUACUAUGAACUUUCAAAUUAUUUGAGCUUUGGAGACUGGUUCAAUGGUGCAUUAUCUGUUGAACUCACAAAUGAUCAUCCAAACACACAGAUCAUACAUAGGAAAGUUGCAUUGAUUUUGGGGCAGUGGGUUUCAGAGAUUAAAGAUGACAUGAGACAACCUGUAUAUUGUGCUCUGAUGAAAUUGCUUCAGGAGAAAGACCUUUGUGUUAGGCUUGCAGCAUCACGAUCUCUUUAUUUCCAUAUUGAAGAUGCAAAUUUCUCAGAGCAGGAAUUUGCGGAUCUUCUUCCAAUAUGUUGGGAUUCAUGUUUCAAACUCUUAGAAGAAGUCCAGGAAUUUGAUUCAAAGGUUCAGGUGUUGAAUAUUAUUUCUUGUCUCAUAGCUCGUCUCACUGAGGUUAUUCCUUAUGCAAACAAGUUGGAACAAUUUUUGAGGAAGGCGUGGGAAGAAUGGUCUGGUGAGAGCCUUUUGCAGAUUCAACUGCUUACAGCCCUGAAGAACUUUGUAGUUGCACUUGGUUAUCAGUCGCCGAUCUGUUACAACAUGCUUCUGCCUAUUUUACGAAGUGUGCUUAAUAUACAUAGCCCUGACGAACUUUUGGAGGAUAGCAUGCAGUUAUGGGAAGCUACUGUUUCCAAUGCUACUUCAAUGGUGCCUCAGCUGUUGGAAUUUUUUCCAUGUCUAGUGGAAAUCCUGGAUAGAAGUUUUGAUCACCUAGAUGUAGCUGCAAGUAUCAUUGAAGGUUACAUUCUUCUUGGUGGGUUAGAGUUUCUCAAUAUGCAUGCAUCAACUUUUGCAAGGGUUCUUGAUUUGGUUGUUGGUAAUGUCAAUAACAGAGGGCUGCGAUCAAUUCUGCCAAUCGUUGAUGUUCUAGUUCAGUGUUUUCCUGCAGAAGUGCCUCAAUUAAUCACCCCCACCAUACAGAAAUUAAUUGGCAUAUGCUUGAGUGGAGGAGAUGAUCAUGACCCUUCCAAGACAGCUGUCAAAACAACUUCAGCAGCCAUACUUGCCAGGAUUUUGGUCAUGAAUACUAAUUAUCUUGCACAAAUGACAUCGGAGCCAUCACUAUUAGUGCAUCUCCAGAAUAAUGGCGUCCCAACUGAUGAAAAUAUACUACUUUGCCUGGUUGAUAUAUGGGUGGAUAAGGUUGAUUUUGUGAUUUCGACGCAAAGGAAAAUAUUGGGCCUGGCUCUAUCUAUUAUUUUGACUUUCAGGCUGCCUCAAGUGCUUGAUAAGCUUGAUCAGAUCCUGAGUGCAUGCACCAGCAUAAUUUUGGGUGGGAACGAAGAAACAGAUGAAGAAUCAAGUAGUGACAAUAUGCAGUCCAGCAGGCUUCAGGUACCCAGCAAAGAAUACAGGAGAAGACAGAUCAAAUUAUCUGAUCCAAUAAACCAGAUUUCGCUAGAGAAUUCAGUGAAGGACAAUCUUCAGACAUGUUCUGCUCUCCAUGGUGAAUUAUUUAAUUCUGCCAUUUCUAGAAUGCAUCCUGCCGCAUUGGCGCAAUUGAAACAGGCACUGAAUAUGCCAUGAAGAUGAAGUGCCAGUGUCAACUGGCAACAGAUAAUUGUGUUGGUGGUGGUGUGAGGGGCUGCUGGGCAUUCAUGUGAGUCCUUUGUAAUGAGAAAGAGGGUGAGAUAUUUAAGUUCCUUGAACUUGUUAAUGAUGAUGAGAUGUCCUGCUGCUGCUGCCACAGAGGUUGUUCUUUUGGUUUUGUUUGGUUUCUCUCCAUAAUUGUUUCUCCUGAGUUCGAGAAGUGGUAUUGGUUCCUCUCGCUCCUCCACUCGAGCACAAGAAGAGCAUUUUAGACGGUGUGAUCCUUUCAUGUCAUAUUUUUGAGGCAUGAGGGGUGAGAUUGUAUUGCGAGGUUGAUGUUGGGAGUGUUGCUUUCCUACUACUUGCUGCUACUUUCCUGGGGAUUUUCCAGAAUGAAACGUUUUGAGACCCAAUCAAUCAAUCAAAUGGUAUUGUGAAUCAUGUGCCUGAAAACAGCAGGUGAAUGGUGUUCUUGUUAAUGUUCUUUGUAUUCAUGGAAGUGGGUAGGGUGGGUUCAUGUCAUUUCUCACUUGAUUGUUGGCGGUAGAAUGGUAGGGUAGAGGAUUGAGUCAAGGGCCUAUUGGUAUUGGGUAUCACUCCUUUUUCCGCCCAUGCCCAUGCCAAUGCCACGUGCCAUGCCGGAUGGACUUACCUUUGAUGCUCUUUCACGGCCGGCUGGCCGGCCUAACAACAAAAAUAAGAAAAAUUAUGUGAUGGGCCUGGGAUGGGCCGGCUUGUUGUUCGUGCCAAGCUAAGGUGAGAGAGAGAGUAGAACAGGCUAGUAGUAGAGCGGAUCGGAUCCUCCUUCCCUCCCUCCUCACGUGAUGCGAUGAUGUGUUAGUGAUGUCAUGCACAGCACAGCACAGAUAUUAGUAGUAGUAGUAGUAGUCGGUCGCGUCGUCGUGUCGUGGGCGUCUGAGUAUGCACUUGCGUGUCGCUGUGAAGGUGCCUCUUUGGCCGCGUCAGCUACACGUGUCGUGCUGCAUGCAUGCCUCUCGCCUCUUCCUCGCAUUCAUUAUAAUAGUGUGCGCGUGUUUUUAUUAUUGUAUUUAUUCCAUUCCAUUCAAUUCAAUUUACUCCUCUACUCUUAGGUUGUCAUAUGAUAUGGUUAUUGAUCAAAUAAAUUCCGCACCCGGGCACAAAUUUAAAUUAUAUAUCUUUACCUAAUACAUGCAACCCAAGUGCUUGGUUGCUUAUUCCUCUCUGCGUCGUAUCAUCAACGAUCACUCAAAUUUUUACAUUUAAGUUAGCUAGCUAGUCUUUGUUGCUAGAUAGAUCUGGGAGAUAAGAGAUUAAAAAAAAAAAGAAGCAAGCUUUAGUAGUAA